AUGGCGCUCUCGGAAAAAUCCAGUGAGAGCCUACAGUCGACACCCUCACCAAUCGAAAAUCCUCCCGUCGUUCCAAACGAGCAAGCCGCGCCAAGCAAUGGAGCCGCCGUCGACGAGAAGGACAUCGAAGCCGCCGCACCGAGAGCAUCACCACCAAAUUUCCUUGGCCAAGUCCCCAAUGGAGGACUUCAAGCAUGGCUACAAGUCAUCGCAGGAUUCUCACUGUUCUUCAACACAUGGGGAAUUCUCAACACUUUCGGAGUCUUUCAAACUUACUACGAGUCCGGUGUGCUGAUCCAUGCGUCGUCAUCUAACAUCUCAUGGGUCGGUGCUAUCCAGUCAUACUGCGUUCUGUUGAUGGGCUUCCUGUCUGGACCCAUCUUCGAUCGUGGUUACCUUCGACCAUUGCUCUGCGUAGGGUCUUUCCUAGUCGUGAUAGGCUUUAUGAUGUUGUCUCUUUGUCAUACCUUUUGGCAAGUUCUUCUGGCGCAAGGAUUUUGCAUCGGUAUUGGUUCUGGACUCUUGUUCGUCCCUGCCGUCGCCAUUCUUCCGACCUACUUCAACACUAAGCUCGGUCUUGCGAUCGGUCUUGCUGCAUCUGGCAGUUCCAUGGGAGGUAUCAUCUACCCCAUUGUCUUCUACAGAUUGCUCGAUCAGAUCGGUUUCGGCUGGUCAGUUCGUGUAUUGGGCUUCCUCGCUCUGGCUACUCUACUCAUCCCCAUCUUCGUCAUGAAGCAACGUGUGAAGCCACCAAAGGCUCGCGCUCUGAUCGAUACGACCGUCUUCCAGGAUGUCCCAUUCAUGCUAUUCACCCUCGGAGCCAUGAUAGGAUUUAUCGGCCUCUACACCGUUUUGUUCUACAUCUCCUUCUUCGGCCAGGCCAAUGGCUACACUGAUGCCAGCAUGUCCUUCUACAUUGUGCCGAUUCUGAACGCUGCUUCAGUGUUCGGCCGUACAUUGCCAAACGCACUCUCCGAUAAGACUGGCUCUUUCAACAUCAUUCUGCCAGGCGCGGCUGUCUGCUCGAUCCUCAUCUUCUGUAUGAUCGCUGUCGAUGGUCUGGGCAGCAUCGUCGCGCUUGCCAUUCUCUUUGGAUUUUUCUCCGGAGUCUUCAUUGCUUUGCCCCCGGUAUGCUUAGUCGCUCUGACGGCAGAUAAGUCGAAAAUCGGAAGCAGAAUCGGCAUGGCCUUCGGGUUCAUGGGUUUUGGCACUCUAGCUGGUGGACCCGGAGGCGGUGCUAUCUUGCAGAACUAUGGCCCUACCAACAACUGGACCGGACUAUGGGUGUACGGUGGCGUUUCCUGUGCUGUUGCUGCUGCCAUCUUCACAUUAGUCAGAUUCAUGAAGGCCGGAGGCAAACUCAUGGUCAAAGUGUAA